GUUGCUAGGAAGAUUAUGUUAAUAUAUGCAACGCAACCGUCUCUGCAGCUACCAUUCUGAGGCCUCUUUGGCUGCCUCAAGAGUGACGUGUCUUGGCGACAGACCUGGCAACUGCUGCCAUGGAGACCAAACAGGAAUCAUCGGCUGUGUGGAGUCAGACUUCUGGCACACAGGUGCAUUUUGAAGGCGGCACAGUGGCCCAGAUCGUGUACAGUGACGAUCAGAUGGACCAGGCACAGCAGCAGGUGGUUUAUACAGCAGACGGGAACUCCUAUACCUCUGUAGAGUCUGCAGAGCACACACUGGUUUACAUACACCCUGCAGAUGGCACUCAGACUCUAUUUGCUGACCAGCCACAAGUGGCUUACAUUCAGCAGGAUGGUACAACGCAACAGGUCACAGUUUUGCUGCCCAGUGGACAGAACAUAAAUGCAGCCAAUCUGCAUGUUCUCAGUAAUGUAGCCGAGGCUCCCCAAGCUAUCCUGGAGCCAGUUUCCCAGGAGCAGCUGUCGGUGUCCAAUUCGCUCUCCUCCAUGGCGGACGUUGCGGACCCCCCCUUUAGUCCCCUCGGGGCCACAGACUCCACAGAUGAUUCUGAUGAAGAUGAGGAUGAAGACUCUGAGAUGGAUGACUGGGAACCUCGUCUGCCUCAAUCAUUCAACCCUCACAGCCUCUGGUGUGACGAGUGUAGUAUUGCCAACCCCUCUGUGUGCCCUCUGCACGGCCCUCUGCACCCCGUCCCCAACCGGCCUGUGAUGUCCAAGGCCCGGGCCAGUUUGCCUCUGGUCCUCUACAUUGAUCGCUUCCUGGGCGGAGUGUUCACCAAGAGGCGCAUCCCGAAGCGCACACAGUUUGGUCCUGUGGAGGGACCCCUGGCUUCUCAGGGUGAACUGCAGGACCACUUCAUUCAUCUCAAACUGUGCAUGCUGGAUGCAGAGAAAGAUGGAGAGAAGUCUGAUGACAUGUGGUUGAACCUUUCUGAUGAAGACGGCUGUAACUGGAUGAUGUUUGUGAGACCUGCUCAGAACCACCUGGAGCAGAACCUGGUGGCCUACCAGUACGGCUCGGAGAUCUUUUACACAUCCAUCAAAAACAUCCAACCCAAACAAGAGCUCAAGGUGUGGUAUGCGGCAUCGUAUGCAGAGUUUGUCAACCAGAAGAUCCACAAUGUUACAGAAGAAGAGAGAAAAGUGCUCCGGGAGCAAGAGAAGAACUGGCCUUGUUAUGAGUGUAACCGCCGCUUCGUGAGCUCUGAACAACUGCAGCAACAUCUCAACAUGCAUGAUGACAAAUUAAACUCUGUUACUAGAUCCAGAGGCCGGGGUCGAGGAAGAGGCAGGAAGAGAUUUGGGACAGGAAGAAGACCGGGACGCCCACCAAAAUGUAUACGUCUUGAUCCACCAGUUGACACUGGUGGGGAAAAGACAACGGAGAUGCUGGAAUUGACAGAGCCUCUGGAGGAGCGAAUCGAGGGAGCUCAGAACGGGUUGAAGGUGGUGGAGAUGGAGUCGGAGGCAGCGCCGGGGACUAAGGCAGAGGGACAGCUUAUCCCCCCCGCAGAGGAGCCGGUUUCAGAGUCCUGCACCCUGCCCUCCGACACGUACUUGCCUGUUCCACUAAAAGAGGAUCAAGGACAGAGCAGCCAAUCGGACGCCCACCUCACAACUCAGGACAUGCGGCGUGCCAAGAGGAUACGGAAUGCGGCACUGCAGCACCUUUUCAUUAGGAAGAGUUUCCGUCCGUUUAAAUGCACCCACUGUGGAAAGGCCUUCCGGGACAAAGACAAGCUGGAGCAGCACCUGCGGGUCCACGGCCGGGACGCCUACGCUUUUUCCUGCCACAUUUGCAGCAAGAGCUUCACGAGUGACUCGGCCCUGGAGGACCAUCUGCUGGUGCACACGGAAAACCGCUCCUACUCUUGUCUCCUAUGCCCGGAUACCUUUGAGAGGCUGGACCUGCUCAAAGACCACGUCGGGGUGCAUGCUGUGAACGGCUGCUUCACCUGUCCUUCCUGCAAGAAGACGUUUACUGACUUCAUCCAGGUGAAGAAGCAUAUCCGCUGCUUCCAUUCAGAGAAGGUCUUUCAGUGCCCAGAUUGUGAAAAGGCUUUCUGCCGGCCGGACAAGCUCCGUUUGCACAUGUUACGCCACUCUGACCGCAAGGACUUCUUGUGCUCAACAUGUGGCAAACAAUUCAAGAGAAAAGAUAAGCUGAGGGAGCACAUGCAACGCAUGCACAAUCCCGACAGAGAGGCCAAGAAGGCAGACCGAAUCCACCGCUCCAAAACCCUCAAACUGAAGGUGCCCACCACAGACUUCGAGAGCUUCAUGUUCAAAUGCAGAGUGUGCAUGAUGGGAUUCAGACGCAGAGGAAUGCUGGUCAAUCAUUUGUCUAAGCGUCACCCGGAGAUGCGUAUCGAUGACGUGCCUGAGCUCACGCUGCCCAUUAUCAAGCCCAAUAGGGACUACUUCUGCCAGUAUUGUGACAAGGUGUAUAAGAGUGCCAGUAAGAGGAAAGCACACAUACUGAAGAACCACCCCGGGGCAGAACUGCCUCCCAGCAUCCGGAAGUUGCGUCCGGCUGCUCCUGGUGAACCAGACCCCAUGUUGAGCACACACACACAGCUGACUGGCACCAUCGCCACUGCACCGGUCUGUUGCCCACACUGUGCCAAACAGUACAGCAGCAAGACUAAGAUGGUUCAGCACAUCAGGAAGAAGCAUCCAGAGUUUGCCCAACUCGUCAACACCAUCCAGGCUCCUCUGACCACGGCUGUCAUCAGCAGUGUACCUGCCGUCAUCAGUGCAGACGGUACCACAGCUGAGGCUAUCGUGACCACAGAUUUGCUGACCCAGGCAAUGACUGAGCUUUCUCAAACGUUGACCACAGACUACCGCACGGCGCAGGGAGACUACCAGAGGAUCCAGUACAUCCCAGUGUCUCAGGCAGGAGGCAACCUGUCCCAGCCGCAACACAUUCAGCUGCAGGUGGUGCAGGUGGCUCCAGCUUCCCCCCCACAUUCCCAACAUGCGACAGUCGAUGUGAGCCAGCUGCAUGACCCUCAUGGCUACAGCCAGCACUCCAUCCAGGUACAACACAUCCAGGUCAACGAGGCCUCAGGCACUGGACAAGGAGCCAGCCAGGUCACCGGUCAGCCUCUAAGCCCCACCUCCCAGCAGCCCAGUCAGGAGCUGAGUCCCACCCAGCUGACCCCUGUGCCCUUAGCUGAGAGCCACACCCUGCAGGCCAGCAGCACCCAGCAGCAGCAGCAGGGGACUGUGCAGCAUGCCUACAUCCCGGGGAACUGGAACUACCGAGGUUACUCGUCUGAGAUCCAGAUGAUGGCUCUACCUCACACGCAAUAUGUGAUCGCUGAGGCCAGCACUCCUGUAUCUGGAGUCAACAGCAACCCGGUGAAAACGACCCACUACGUUAUUUCCGAGGGUCAGACUGAGCUGGAGACUAAACAGACUGCUCCUCAGAGUACAACCCAGGGCCAAGUGGAACAUCUGGAGCAGCAACCGGCCAAUCAGCAAGCCACCACUCAGUACAUCAUCACCACAACCACCAAUGGCAGCGGCACGAGUGAAGUCCACAUCACAAAACCCUGAACUGUACCAACCACAGUCUGAUCUAGCAUGUACACCUCAGCAGCUCGUAUGCUCAUUAACGAACACGCACAUGGAUACAUGCAGCGCUAAAUGGGGGAUGACUUGAGGACCAGCGCAGUUUUAUGUGUCUGCAAGAUGAUGAAGGAGUCGCAAGCUGCCAGAACUUUGUGAGAAAACAAAGUUACGGGAGAGAGAAAUGCAAAGUUUUGUUUUUAACAGACUAUAUGAACAAAGACUGAACUGAACUUGCUUUAAAGAAACAGCACUGGAAAACAUUUCCAUUGAAACUGCUGAAAACAGGGUCAUUAUAUCAUUGUAUUAAAUACAGGGUCACAUUUUGGAAGUAUGGACCUUAAAAGCAAAUAUUUUACAGUCGUGCUGUGUGAGCGAAGCGAAUGGAAUUGUUUUGUUGCUCAGUCCUGACACACAUUCGAGUGCCCAUUUUACAUAUUUGUAAAGUUAAUUUCUUAAGUAUUGUAUUUGUAAUGAAAUACAGAACUGAAAAAUACUAUAUUAUUAUUAGGUCUAAACGGCUUCCAUUGUAUUUGUUUAUUAAAAUACAGACAAUAUUACAAGUACUUCAUUUGGGACUGGUGAUAAAGAACAGCACAGUGUCCGAGGGUAAAGAAGGGGAUACUGCUACUCGGCACUCAUAUUUCCUUCUCAAUGAAGUGAGAAAAGAGGAAGUUAUUCAGAAGGAAGCGCUCAAACCUUGUGAUAGCAAUCACCUGGCUACUGUGUGUUCAUGAGCAAGGCACAGAGCUGGAACUUAUAGUAUUACAUUACUUCUGGUACUUAGAUUUUCAUUAAGUACGUAAGUUACCUAUAAAGACAACAUGGGUUAAUACACAAUGUAAGCGAUUGUAAAAUGCUUUUAAUGUGCCCAUUAUUUAUAUUAGUCCAUAGACUUGUACAAUGAAAAAAUAUUGCAGGAAUAUUAUGAGACUGUGGCGAUUUUGUCCUUUGUCUAUGUGUUGAGAAAUUAAAUUAUUUAUAUCUGCC